UCUACGACGGCGUAGAUAGGCUGUGACUCCCUCUUCGCAACACACGACGAGAUUUGGAAAUUGUGCCAAAGGAGUUUUGGGAAAUGAGAGGCAAAGGAGGGAUGACUGCCGCCACGUGCAAUCAACGGCGUUUGUCGCAGCGAAUUAAUGAGACAUGGCGCUGGAGCAACAUGCUAUUUUCGGAUGCUUUCGCCAAUAAUAACCAAUUCAACAGAGGCCAAGACGGACAGAUACGGAGUAUACAGCAGCGAUGAUUUGCCUUGCACAGAGGCCCAGCAUGACAGGCCAAGGCCGAUGCAGAAAAUCGGAUUUGGGAUUCGAGCAGCGGCAACCGGGGUGUACAGGUGGAGCAUCAAAAUAUGUGCAAACUUGUAGAAUUGAUGUACUCUAUGCUGCUCACUGGGUGGAAGGCUCAAAGAUCACAUGAAGCCGAAGAUCAACGGUGUUGUGGUGCUCAUGUGCAUAAAUCAACAGUUCCAGUGCUUUUGGCCUUGACACACGGAUUCCUCUAUUUGCAUGAAUCGAGAUAUUGUAUGUGCACAGAUGGGCCGUCGCAUACAGCAAAACGUGCGAAGGGUAGUAAUUCAUGUAUGCGUGCUUGUACGAGCCCACCAACAAUCCUGUUUGACUUAUUCCGCUACCAACAGCAGGCAAAGCCAGAAGCUGCGGCAUCCUAUGCUCGUUUUAUAAGUAAGCCACCCGCAAGGAUCAUGGGCUGGUUCGCCUGCCAAAGUGACGAUGGUCCACGAGCGGCCGCUACGUUAGCAAGAGCCAGGGGUAGCAUCUUGCCCCUUUUACAUGACAAACGUCCCUCCCCGUAUAACGAAUGGAUCUGUGCUCUUCUGUUUGUGCAUCGGUCAGCUUCGCACGUUGCACCAGAAGCCGUCUUCACGGCGAAGUGCAUGCGUCAGACGGCUGCCGGAGAGGAACAAAGAGAAGAGCACAUGCCUCAUAGCAGCACAAGUCGGCGUUGUCCGCCGCGGCCGACUGCAGAUCGGGGAAAAGGCCGGCGCCUCCUCCGCAGGUACCUCCUAUGGUCGUUUCUACAAGUAUGCAUCUGCAGUAUGUAUACAUAGUAUAUAGCACCUGGGAGGCAAAAGAGGGAGAAAUGCGCUGG